AUGUAUAAAACCGUGGACAAACGUGUACGCCCUGUACCAGGAGUAUAUCCUGAAGACGCUCGAGUGGAGCGACGCCUACCAGAGGACCCUUUGAUCUCAUUACCCAUGCUGUCACCAAACCCCCCGGACUUUGAGCCCACACGCAAGCUCACAAAAGAGCGCAUAGAAAUUAUGAAGAUCAACAUCGACAAAUUCCUAUGGCCAGAAGAGGAGAAGCUGUUCCUACAUAUUAUCAAACUAAAUGAGAAGGCACUGGCAUUCGAAGAUGCAGAACGAGGAACCUUUAGAGACGACUAUUUUACUCCCUUCAUAUACCCAACUAUCGAUCACAAGCCUUGGGAACAGUCGAAUAUUCCGAUUCCUCCCGGACAUCGUGAGGAGGUCAUCAAGAUAUUAAAGGAUAAAAUCGCCGCAGGAGUCUAUGAACCAAGUCAAGCGUCAUAUAGGUCGAGAUGGUUCUGUGUCAAGAAAAAGGAUGGCAGG